CUCGCGGCCGCGGAGCGCCAACGUGCAGGCUUUCCAGCGUGGAAAGGAUGCUGCACAAGUGGAAGCGAUGGAGCUCUGUCAACAGAGCCUGGAAUAUGUGAGCAGCCAGCUUUUGACGAAUUUCCAAAGUGAGCUUCAGAAGCUGAGUGCCCACCUCGAGCAUCAGGUGGUGGAGGCAAUCGAACACCACCAGCAGAAGGCGGAAGAGAAGUUGGACUCCAUCUUCAAGGCCCAGACGCAAAGCUGGAGGCCUCGCAGCGAGAGCCCCAAGCGGAACUACUUCGCAGGCCUCGCGCAUGACGGUGGGCAGAUCGAGGCCAAUCGACAGCUGGUCCGACGGCGCGAUGAACAGAUCAAGAACAUGCUGGUGCUCUUGGAAAAGCUGGACGAACGCUGCGCCGGUUUGGAGGGUCUCCAGCGCUUGGAGAUGCAAAUGGCGCAGUCCUCGGAGAAGCUCGAUUUGAUUGAGCGCUCGGUGCAGCUGGCGCUGGAGAAAGAGCCUCAGGCGGAGAGCCCAGUGGUGAGCAUGAGUCCAAGGAGUUGGAGACUGGAGCGCUCAGAUUCGCAGCAAUUCCUGACGAAGAAUGAGAUGGUUCAAAUGCAACAGCAGUUGAUGAAUGAAGCAGACCAUGACCUGGACCACAUCUACUCCGAGAUCAAAGCCUCUCGGAAGCUGGCGAACCACAACUUUCGCACGCUGAUCAAGGAGCUGAGUCGCAUUCAACAAGCCCUGAACCUGGACUUCGCCGUGGCAUCGGAAUCCGAAGACUCCGACGACGUGGACAGCGCAGGUGGAACCGCCUCGGUGCACGUGACGGUGCGCAAGGCUUCCACCGUGGCGGUGGCCGUCCCGCUGGAGCCCUUCUCGCCCUCGUCCUCCACGGCGGUGUCCGUCGCGGCCGCCGCGGCCUCGGCGCCGCUGCCGCUGUCGCCGGACCCGGCGGCAGAGCGGGCGGCCUCGGCGCCCAUGUCGGAGCGCAGCAGGUCCAUUCGCUUGCCUGGAGACGAGCCAGAGGGCAACUCCCGGCGGCCCAGCCGGGCCAACAGCCGCGACCGCGAUCCAGCAAGCGAAGCGCCACGAGACGCCCUCACGAAGCGUUUCAAGCGCGUCCGGGAGUUUUGGACUCAGACGCAAGUGGAGCUGGAAGAACGAGGAGCACAGACGGAGCCCAUGAGGCCGGCGAAGAAGAAAGAGGCCGGCUUCGGCUCCUUGUUCGGCAAGAAGGACAAGACUCCCGCCAGUAGCCGGGGGCUCAACGUCAAUGACUUGGACUCCAUGAAAGCCCGAGCGCGAAAGGCCUUGAUGCGCCCGCAAUACGACGUGACCAACUUCUACAAGACCGAAGGGUGCUUCCAAGCCAUUGCCCGGUCCAACCUUUUCGAUCAGCUCACGGUGACGGUCGUGUGCCUCAACGCUGUGUGGAUCGCCAUCGACACUGACAACAACACCGCCCUGUUCUUGACGCAGGCGGAGCCUGUCUUCAUCAUCGUUGAGAACUUGUUUUGUACAUAUUUCUUCCUCGAGGUCUGCAUCCGCUUCGGUGCCUUUGAACGGAAGCGCCGGGCCUUCAUGGACAAGUGGUUUGUCUUCGACGCGAUCCUGGUUCUCAACAUGGUCGUUGAAACGUGGUUGCUUCCCAUCCUGAUUCUGACAUCGAGUUCGGAUGAUCUGGGGAAUACGAUUGAUGUGUCGAUGCUCCGCGCUUUGGACCUGUUCGAUGCUCCGACCCUUCGAACAUGUCGGGGAGGAGAAGGAUCAGGUGGGGACGACUCAGGACUUCAAGGCAUGCUACGCUUGGUGAAGCUCACCCGGCUCUCGCGCAUCACGCGGCUGCUGCGUGCCGUGCCCGAGCUGGCCAUCAUCGUGAAGGCGAUCGGCCUGUCCGCUCGAUCGGUGACGGUCUUUUUUGCGCUGUGGUUGGUGUUGAUCUACGUGUUUGCCAUCACCUUGAGGCAGCUCACCUCUGGCACUGACUUCGGGCAGAGCUACUUCAGCUCGGUGCCAGAUGCGAUGGACACCUUGCUCUUGGAUGGCAUCUUGGCGGACUAUGCCCCACUCGCGCACGCGGUCCCAAAUGGGCAUCCCAUUGAGUGGAUUCUGAUCAUCUUCUUUGUGCUGUUAGCAUCCAUCACCAUCAUGUACAUGCUGGUGGGUGUGCUGGUGGAAGUGGUGGGUGCACUGGCCCAUGCUGAGAAGGAGAGCAUCACCGUGGGAUUUAUCGCUUCAUCGCUGCGGAAGAAGAUGGAACAAGCCGGGCACGAUGAGGAGUCCGUCCUGAGCAAGUCGGAGCUUCAAGACAUCCUCUUGGAUCCCGAGAUCACCGAGGUCCUUCAGUCGGUUCAGGUGGACCUGGUGGCGCUGAUGGAGCUGGUGAACAUCGGCUACGAAGACGCGGAAAAGACGGGAGCGACCAUGACCUUCGAGAAGAUCGUGGGAUUGGUGCUGAAUGGCCGCGGGCAGAACACGGCCUGCGUGAAGGAUACCUCUGAGCUGCUGAGGAUCCUGAAGCAGAUCAUCAUCCAGCGGACCAGCGAAGUCUCGGAGAAGCUCCAAGAUGAGAUCGCCAUGGUGCAUCGAAGCAUCCAAAGCAUGAGGGAGGAGCAAAUGGAGGGCGUCAGCGCCUUCUCACGCUUUGAGGACGAGGAAUCUCCACCCGAGGAGGACGUGAAAGCGAAGAAGACGGCUCGAGGCCGCCAAACACGGAGGUGAGGGCAGUUUCAUUGGAGGAAAAUGGGAGGUGAUGAAUCGAAGUGAUCCCUCGCGAUGUGGAAAGGAAUG